CCAACUCACUAUCUGUCUUCGCUUUCUCCACAUUCCUAAAGCACUGAAAUUUCAUCCAACAUGUCAAACCAACAACUGGUCGAAUCCCGCGGCAUUUACCAUGGCCUCCCCGUCUACCCAUCUGCCCUUAAAGGCUUCACUGCCAUUAUCACAGGCGCCAAUGGCAUCUCUGGGUAUUACAUGCUGCGCGUUCUCGCCCAAGACCCCGAACGUUGGACCAAAAUCUACUGUCUCUCUCGGCGACCCCCUGCUAUUCCCUCCGGACUACCAAAAAACGCCGAGCACAUUGCCCUAGACUUCCUCCAAUCACCCUCAGAAAUCGCCGCCAUAUUAAAAGAAAAAGGCGUAACAGCCGACUACGUAUUUUUCUACAGUUACAUCCAAGUCCCGCCCAAAGAAGGCAUGGGUCUCUGGUCCAACGCUUCGGAAAUGUGCCGAGUAAACCUCUCUCUGCUCCAAAAUUUCCUUGAAGCCCUGCCCCAAGCCUCCAUCACCCCUAAACGCAUUAUGCUACAAACCGGCGCGAAGAAUUACGGCAUCCAUCUCGGUCCCGCCGCCACUCCCCAGGAAGAAACCGCGCCGCGUGUGACGCUCGAACCGAAUUUCUACUACCCGCAAGAAGACUUCCUAUGGAAGUUCUGUGCAGAGCAUAAUAUUGGCUGGAACGUCUGCAUGCCGUCCUUUAUUCUAGGUGCCGUCCCAGACGCCGCUAUGAACCUUGUUUUCCCACUCGGGGUCUUCGCAGCCGUACACGCCCACCUCGCCAUCCCGCUCGAUUUCCCCGCGGACCUACAGAGCUGGGAGGCGACGCACGUAGGCAGCUCGUCGAUGUUGAAUGGGUAUUUGGAGGAAUGGGCGGUUUUAACGGACGGGGCAAGGAAUCAGAAGCUCAAUGCUGCGGAUAGCAGUCCGUUUACUUGGGGGAACUUUUGGCCGAAGUUUGCGGGUUGGUAUGGGGUGCAGUGGAGUGGGCCGGAUAUGGAUGAGGGCGUUUAUACGAAGGUGACGAGUCGGUUUGAUCCGCCGCCAAGAGGGUAUGCGUUCGGUCCCCCGAAAACCUUCCGCAUAAAAUAUACCCUCACAAAAUGGGCGCGUCAACACUCGGUGCAAAAGGCCUGGUCCGAACUCAUCCAAAAGCACAACCUCCAGGCCAGCAAACUAGAAGAUAUGGACAUUGACCGCAUCUUCUCCUUCACUGAUAGCUCGCUGAUCGGCGGUACGCUUGACCUAAGUAUGAACAAAGCACGGAAAAUGGGUUGGCAUGGAUUCGUCGACACAAAUGAUUGCAUUAAAGAGGUCUUGGAAGAGUUCUCUGAUCUGAAAUUGUUACCACCACUGCCGACGUGA